AUGACCUCAGAUAUUAGCAAGCACGCCUCUCUUCCAGGUAUUGCCAUCCAACUUCGUAACAUCAUCGGACACCGUGUUAGUCCGGCAUCGGGCAAGCUGGAGGACGUCGAGGCAUGGCGUGGGCCUAUGAUAUCGAGAAUUCUGGGAGCUGCUUCGUGGAAAAUGCUUGCUGUUGGAAUUCCGUUCCCAAAUUUCAAGGAUCUCAAAAUUUCGUUAAAGCGUGAGUACCAGGACAACAAGUCACGUGAUGAUCAGAAAUUGGUGAACGGUUCUUGGUGUCAGCACCAGCCACCGUCUUGA